AUGCUUCAGCAGGACGAGGAACACAAAACAUUGCACAAAAUGAAAAGAAGGGACAGUAAAAUACAUCCAGCCACAGUGGAAACCCUACAGAUCAAUAAAAUAGAACUUAGCACCCUGAUGUCACAAAUAAACAAGCGCUGCAACUUCUCCACCUGGAUUAGAGAUAACAUCAAGAAAAAAGAGUGCUGCUACUAUGCAGAAGAUGGCAGAGAGGGGAUCUGUAUGUGUGGCUAUUCGAAGUCUAUGCACAAAGAUGAAGCCAUUAAGCCAGAGGACCACAUGGGACAGUCGUACGACAAACACAGGCACAUCCAGGAGGCUCCUACUGAUGCAUUUGGAGACAUUAGCUUUGGAGGAAUCGGACAGAAAGCAGGAAAGUAUGUCCGUGUAUCCACCGAUACACCUGUUGAGAAGCUAUACCAACUGAUGAUUGAGCACUGGAAGCUUCAGUCCCCUAACCUGUUAAUAUCAGUAACAGGAGGAGCCAAAAACUUCCACAUGAAGACUGACCUGAAGAACAAGUUUCGGAGAGGAUUAAUUAAAGUGGCCCAAACCACAGGUGCAUGGAUCCUGACUGGGGGAACACACACAGGUGUAAUGAAACAUGUUGGGAGAGCAGUACGGGACUAUAAUCUAAGCAGCAAUUCUAUAGGGAGCCAGAUUGUGGCUAUUGGAAUGGCUACAUGGGGGGUCAUCCACAACCGCCAGGCUUUAGUUCAUCAAGAUGGUCGCUUUCCUGCUCAUUAUUAUUUAGAUGAAGUUGGCCAGGGGGAAUUAUCCUGCCUGGAUGUUAACCACUCUCACUUCCUGCUAGUGGAUGAUGGAACAUCUGGCAAAUAUGGGGCUGAGAUUGAACUUCGUGGGCGGCUGGAGAAACUGAUCUCUGAAAAGCCUUUAGAAAACCAAGAUAGUCAACUGAAGAUUCCAGUCGUGUGUGUGGUACUAGAUGGUGGACCAGGAACACUAAAUACAAUCUACAACUCCAUGAUAAACAGCACUCCAUGUGUUGUUUUGGAAGGUUCUGGGCGUGUGGCUGAUGUCAUUGCCAAUGUAGCUGGCCUACCAUUGUCUAAGAUCACAAUUGCGCUUAUCAAACGACUGCUAAACAAGUUUUUUGCAGAGGAGUACGAGAAAUUUUCCGAACUGCAGAUCAUUGAGUGGACCAAAAAGAUUCAAGACAUUGUCCAGAUCCCCCAGCUGUUAACUGUGUUCCGCAUUGACGAAGAAAAAAACAAUGAUGUGGAUCUAGCUAUACUCCAAGCUUUCCUAAAAGCACCCCGGUGCAGUGACAGUGUGAGCAGGGAGAGACAGCUGCAGCUGGCUGUGGCCUGGAACCGGGUAGACAUUGCAGAGAGCGAGAUAUUUACUGAAGAAAGUAAAUGGAAGUCCUGUGAUCUGCACCAGGCCAUGUUCUCUGCCCUGGUGGGCCAUAAGGCUGAUUUUGUACGUCUGCUGCUGGAGAAUGGGCUAUGCAUUGUUCAGUUCCUUGAACUAAAAGAUACACUGUGUGACCUCUAUAAGCAUCUUCCUAGCUGUCUGUUUUUGCGCAAACUGGCCAAGCGAGCGCAAGGAAGCCAGAAAAUUUCCCUGAGCCAUGUGGCUGCUGAAGUGCGGCACAUACUGGGCAGCUUUACACAACCACUUUACCCCCUAAUGCAGCCGCAUCACAAAAUAGAGAUAUCCAGUGAUGACAGUGAUGACAAAGUUCCUACAACCACAGACCAAAGCCAAGUUCGAGCGCUAGAGACAGUCCAUGAUGCAGGCAGAGAUCUGUUCCUUUGGUGUGUGCUGCAUAAUCAGAAAGACCUGGCAGAGAUCAUCUGGGAACAGUGCAAUGAUUGCAUUGCUGCUGCUCUGGCUGCCAGUAAAAUUUUGAAGAAGCUUGCCCAGGAGGGAGGAGAUAAUGGAGAAGACGCUGGAUCAAUGAGAGAACAUGCAAAUUACUAUGAGAAACAAGCCAUCGGGGUGUUCAAUGAAUGCUAUCGCUAUGACCAGCAGAGAGCACAGAAGUUGCUGACCCGUGUCUCUCCAUCAUGGGGUAGAACAACCAGUCUAUGCCUUGCUCUCGAAGCCCAAGACAAAACCUUCAUAGCUCACUCAGGGGUCCAGGCUUUGUUAACUCAGAUCUGGUAUGGAGAGUUAGGAGUGGAAAAUCCACAUUGGAAGCUGCUGCUCUGCAUGUUUUUCUUUCCUCUGAUUUACACCGGAUUUCUGGUCUAUAGGCGUGAUGAGGACAUCCGCAAGGAAGCAGAGAGGACAGAAGAGGAGAAGCUGGUUAUGGAUUCAGUGAAUGGGACGCCGUUUAAUGGCAAGAACAAACCUAGCUUCAGUAACCAGGCUGACACGAGCUCUGUGCAUUCACUAAACUGCUGGAUGAGAUUACUGGGUCUGUACACCUGCCCUCAGGUGAAGUUCUACUGGAACAUCCUGUCUUAUUUUGGAUUCCUGUUCCUCUUCGCUCUGGUGUUGAUAACAGACUUUCAGCCAAUGCCAUCUUGGAAGGAAUUGUUCCUGUAUGUCUGGUUUGCUUCUCUCAUGCUUGAGGAGGUCAGACAGAUUUUCUAUGAUUUUAAUGGAUUUACUCUUUGGAAGAAAGUGAAUAUGUAUAUUAAAGACUCAUGGAACAUUUUGGACAUGUUGUCAAUAUUGCUUUUCGUCACCGCCUUGGCUUGCAGGCUUCAGGCUUCAAGUACAGUGUUUUAUGUGGGAAAAAUCAUCCUCUGUAUCGACUUCAUCAUCUUCAGUUUGCGCCUGAUGGCUAUCUUCACCAUCAGCAAGACCUUAGGACCUAAGAUAAUCAUAGUCAGGAGAAUGAUAAUGGAUAUGAUCUUCUUCUUGUUCCUGCUUAGUAUUUGGGUGGUCGCAUAUGGAGUGGCCACGCAGGCCAUCCUGGUUGAAAAUGAGGAUCGAAUUAACUGGAUUAUACGUGGUGCUGUCUAUGAGCCCUACCUCAUCAUAUUUGGAAACAUGCCUGAUAAUGUGGACAACACCAAAUUUGACAUCAACAGUUGCAGUAUAAAUGGUACCGAUCCUCUAAAGCCCAAAUGUCCAGUCCUGAAUAGUGACAACACCCCAGCCUUUCCUGACUGGUUGACCAUAAUCAUGCUGUGUGUUUAUCUUUUAUUUGCCAACAUCCUGCUUCUCAACCUCCUCAUUGCUAUCUUCAACUACACCUUUGAGGAGGUGCAAGGAAAUACAGAUAUAAUCUGGAAGUUUCAGCGUUAUGAGCUGAUAAAGGAGUACCACAGCCGCCCAUCUCUACCUCCUCCCUUCAUCCUCCUGAGCCACAUUUACCUCUUCAUCAAACGGGUGCUCCUACGACGCACCCCUCAGAAACAUAAGAUCUUCCGACAGGAGCUGGAUCAGAGAGAUGAAGAGGAGUUGAUGUCAUGGGAGUCAAUUAUGAAGGAAAACUAUUUAGCAUCUGUAAAGCAGGACAAUAGCCAGAGUAUGGAGCAUCGCAUGGAAGACACUGCAGAAAAGUAAAGCAUCUUAGGACUUUGGAAAUUCAGCUUUGUACCAGAAUAACAUUUAUAUGACUAGAACAAAAGUUUUGUCCACUUAGUUCCAUAAUUACCAGUAAAUAUCUGCUAAAUGCCACCAAAGUCAAAGUCUUGGAAGAAUCAUAAAUGC